UCAUUUUGAAGCGACAAUGCUGCACUGUCUGACAUAAGCGUGAUAACAAUGUCAUUUAUCCACUUUUUGUUAAAAUACUUUUAGCAAAAUCAUGUUUUACCAAGUUGCAUCAAAAAACUUUAAAACCCUUAUUCCACUAUUUAUAACUUCACAAAACAUUGCAAGAUUUCAUCACAGACAAGGCCCAAACCCAGUCAAAAUUGAUUGUCCCGGAAAACCAAAACCCCUAAUAGAUUUCAACUGCAAAGUAGCUCUAAUAACUGGAGGUUCAGACGGCAUUGGACUAGCCGUAGCCCACGAAAUUUUAUCCGAAAACUCCAAAAACGUUGCUCUUAUUGGCGUAGACAACACUAAAGGACGCGAAUCUGUCCAUGCCCUGAACUCAACUUACGGAAGAAACAAAGCUGUUUUUUUCAAUUGUGAUGUCGAGUCUAAAGUGCAAGUCAACGAUUGUUUCAAUAAAGUGAUAAAAGAAUUCGGAAGCAUUGACAUAGUGAUUAACGCCGCUGGUGUUUUCGACGGCCGCUGUUGGGAGAAAGAAAUCAUGACCAAUCUUGUCGGAACAAUUCACUGUACGCUUGAAGCGUACAGAGUAAUGAGCAAAGACAGUUCUGGCAGUGGGGGCGUUAUCCUCAACUUUUCGGGCCUCCAUGGAGUCAAGCCUCUGUUUCCUGCCCCCACUCUCUCGGCGAGUUUUCAUGGGAUAAUCGGGCUUUCGAGGAGUUUUGGCCACGAAACCAACUUCAAAACCACCGGAGUUCGCGUGGUUACGCUGUGUCCCGGAAUCACCAACACUAACUUUAUUAAAGAUGCGGAAAAAAGGGCACUGAAUGAGAAAAUGGCCAAUCAGUUGCAGAUACUUUUGUGUAAAGUUAAGAGACAGAAUGCUGACGCUUGUGGACAGUCGGCUGUUCACGUUUUGAAAUAUGGGGCCUCGGGGAGCGUCUGGGUGGUGGAUGGGUCCAAAUUGUACUCGUUGAAUAUCCCAGAUUGGAAAAAAUACCGAAUUCUUGAAUCGCAAUUAUUGUAAUAAAGAAUUUAAUAAUAA